GAAAGGGGAGGGACCCACCGGGAGUCUGAUUCUUUAAACAAACUUUUCAGUGGGACUGCCUGCUUCCCUUCCUCUGCUGUGUCGGACCCAGACGAAAGGAGUUUGAAGGACUCCCAAAUACUUUACUACCUGAAGUCAAGGCCCAGAUCCAGCCGCCACCAUGUCGAGCAAGCGAGCCAAGGGAAAGACCACCAAGAAGCGCCCUCAGAGGGCCACCUCCAACGUGUUUGCCAUGUUCGACCAGUCUCAGAUCCAGGAGUUCAAGGAGGCAUUUAACAUGAUCGACCAGAACAGAGAUGGUUUCAUCGACAAGGAGGAUCUGCAUGACAUGCUGGCCUCUCUGGGUAAGAACCCGUCCGAUGAAUACCUGGAGGGGAUGAUGAGCGAAGCACCAGGGCCCAUCAACUUCACCAUGUUCCUCACCAUGUUUGGAGAGAGGCUCAAUGGAACGGACCCCGAGGAUGUCAUCCGCAACGCCUUCGCCUGCUUUGAUGAGGAGGGAUCUGGUGUGAUCCACGAGGACCACCUGAGAGAGCUGCUGACCACCAUGGGCGAUCGCUUCACAGAUGAGGAAGUGGACGAGCUGUUCCGUGAGGCACCCAUCGACAAGAAGGGCAACUUCAACUACGCAGAGUUCACCCGCAUCCUCAAACAUGGCGCCAAAGACAAGGAUGACGAGUAGAGGGAGGAAACAACUGCCUCGGGCCCCUCGCACACAUAAUACGCCACAAAUCAAUCCCUAGUUCCUGCCUUUGGGGAUCUUGUAGCUUUGAGAGAAAGUGAGAAGGAAUGCAUGUAGGAAUAUUACUGUAACAAUGACUUUCAUAAAAGGACAGAGCUAAAAUGUGUUUCAUUUAUUUAGAUCUACAUGUUUGUCAAAGGUAGAAUCUUGGGGUUCAAAUAUUCUUCAAUACACAGUUUUUAUCGUCACUGAAGGUUUCUUUCCAUGAAGAGAGGUGUAUCACAGUAUCUGCAUCUCAUAGUUACGAGUCUGCUGCAGCUUCAUCCACUUUGACUGCAGCUGUUCUGACCUUUGACUGCUGAGAUGUAUUAAGUACCAAUAUAUGUGUGCGGGGGGUGUUUGGACUGCCAGAGUCAGCGCUAUAUACAGUCCCAGCCAUUUUUACCUCUUCCUGCCAAUUAGCUAAAACAUCUGCACAAGCACUGCAACAAGUCUCCCCCUCUGUAAUAUGUGUGUCCCUGUAUGUUGGAAAUGGAUAAAGGAAUUGAUCAUCAUGUUUGUGUUUAUUAUCUUUUGACAAUCAAAACUGGUGUACGUCCACUUGAGCUUUUGGUCUAACCCGGCGUUUUCCUCCCAUCAGCUGGCUGUGUGUAUUUGUUGAAGGAUCAGGUAUGUCUGUGCUGUUGAAGGAAUUCAGUCUUGAAAUUGCUCAGGCUAAUAAAUUAAGUGUAUUCAUGC